AUGCUGCUGGAGGAGAAGGAGGCAUGUAGAACCACCACUACAAGUCCUACGACUACGACGUCUACUACAACAUCAGCGUCCAUGACAACAGCUACAACAUUUAUCACUACUUUAGAGCCAACUAUUUCUACAAUGGCACCAAUGGAGUCCACUACUUCUUCCAUGGUACCAAUAGAGUCCACUACUUUUACCAUGGUAACCAUGGGGUCCACUACUGUUACAAUGGUACCAAUGGAGUCCACUACAUCUACACUGGCACCUAUGGAGUCCACUACUUCUACCAUGGUACCAAUGGAGUCCACCUCGGCUGGGACCACUGCUUCCACGUCACCGACGUUAAGUGAAUCCACAGAUUCUACCAUGACUAAUACAUCAAGCGUGGAAUAUACCACUAAAUCUAUUUCAACCACUAUGGAGCCAACAACACCUUAUGGGACUACCACUAAGGAAAUGUCAACGUCCACGUCUUCUUCAGAAGUUUUAACCACUUCUACGACGCCAGGAGAACCAGUAAUUUCUACGUCUUCCACUACUAUUGAAUCGAUUAUAACUUCCGGAAUCCAGUCAACUACAGAUAGCUCUUGGACAUCCUUUAUUUCGGUGGAGUGCCUUCCAGAACGAAAGAGAAACUUUGCACGACAAGAAAAUCCAAUUUCAAUUGGUGUCGCUGGAAUAAAAAUUCUCGAAGGUUUAUACGAAGAAAUGCUCUUCUACAAAGCUCUUCUUGCUAUCCUUGCCUCCACUGCUGUCGUUUGGGCUCUUCCAGUGCUUGGUGAUUCUAACGGACUCCUCAACGGUCUUACUGGAAAACUCAACGGUGCUCUUGGGAACACAACACUUGGGAAUCUUAAUAUUGCCGAGUUGAUUGAUCUUGACAAGUUGCUUGGUCAAAUUCUGGGACAACUUGAAAAUGUCAAAGAAACUGCUUCUGGUGCUGCUUCAAAUGUUGUUGAUACUGCUUCAGGUGCUAUCCCAGGACCUGUAUCCGGUGCUAUCGAAGCCGCCCAAAACGCUGCUUCUGGUGUUGUUGAUACUGCUUCAAAAAUGAUCCCUACUGGAAUUGUCAAUGAGGCUCUAAACACUGCCUCUGAUCCUGUUAAUACUAUUGUCGAUGCUGCUUCAGAUGCAACCAGUGACUAA